AUGUUAUCUGUGCGAAGAUGUGCCGUAGCUGUAUCUGCAGUAUUUUCGUUACUGGCGCUUUUAUAUCUUUCUCAGAUCGGUUUUAGCGUGAUCAAAGAGACGUAUGCACAGUCUAGGUGGCAGAAAGAGCUAUAUGCAAGAUCCCAGAAGGUGCUGCAUGAUUAUGAUGGAGUAAGGCGAUUCAAUCAAUCUUUUGGAGAAUUGAAGCCUGCCAGUAAUUCAUACCUAAAUGACCUGGCUAUUCCAGAAGACAGGGAUUCUAUAAUAUAUGAAAGAGAGAAUGCUACUAUUUUAAUGUUAUGUCGAAACUGGGAAAUCGAAGGGGUAUUACAAUCGAUGCGUUCGCUGGAGGAUCGAUUCAAUAGGCGAUACAAAUACGAUUGGACAUUCUUGAACGAUGUUCCAUUCGAUGAUUACUUUAUUGAAGCUACAACGGCUAUGGCAAGUGGUAAGACUCAAUAUGGACUAAUUCCGCCAGAAGACUGGAAUCGGCCAGAAUGGAUUGACGAGGAGCUGUUUGAAGAAAGGUUACAAAUGUUAAAGGAUAGGAAAGUAAUAUACGGGGAUUCUAAAUCAUACAGAAACAUGUGUCGAUUCAACAGUGGGUUCUUUUUCCGCCAGAAACUUUUAGAUCAAUACGAUUACUACUUCAGAGUGGAGCCCGACGUUGAGUACUUCUGCGAUUUCCCAUACGAUCCAUUCAAAGUGAUGCGUGAAAAGAAGAAGAAGUACGGAUUUGUGAUUUCCAUCUUCGAAUAUGAGGAUACAGUGACGACACUAUGGGAUACGGUGGAAGAGUUUAUGGAACUUCAUCCCGAAACUCUACAUCCUAAUAACAGCCUUGAUUUCUUGACAGAUAGUUCGAUGGUGGGCGAGUUCCUUCCGGUGGUAGCAUCAAGCAGUGAUUACAAUCUAUGUCAUUUCUGGUCCAAUUUUGAAAUUGGAGACUUGAACUUCUUUAGAAGCGAAGAAUACCUAAAAUACUUCAACUAUUUAGAUUCGAAAGGUGGGUUUUAUUACGAAAGGUGGGGCGACGCACCUGUACACAGUAUAGGUGCCGCGCUACUGCUGGAUAAAAACGAAAUACAUCACUUCGAUGAAAUAGGAUACAGCCACGUUCCAUUCAAUGCAUGUCCCACUUCUGUUUCGUCCAGAUUGGUUUACCGGUGUCAAUGUGACCCGAAUGACGAAAGCAACGUUUCGGUGCAUCCAAACAGUUGCUUGAUGAGAUGGUGGAAAAAUGGAUCAGGUAAAACAUUCAUAAGGUAA